UAACUCUUUCUGACAUAUUUCGAUUAACUAUUGAUCACAAUCAAAUUUAUAUAUUAUUACAUUAUACCUAACUACAGUGAUAUACCAUUUAGUAGCUACAUUAUAUUAACAUAUAACGUUUUAGUAAUGAGUUCAAAAACCUUUAAAUAUCUUCGUCUUGAAGGUGCAUCGUCUUGGUAUUGCUGUGUCCCGUCCUGUAAAAUGUCCUCAAGAUUUAAUUCUGUGAUUAGUUUCCACAGUUUCCCUUUGAACAAAGAAACACGCAAAACGUGGCUUCAGAAUAUCCAGCGUGAGGAUUGUAAGGUCAGUCCUAAUACAAGAGUCUGCAGUCGACACUUCAGGACUGAUGAUUUUAUUGAGCAAUCGACUCCCACGUCGCGCCGACUGCUGAAGAAGAGCGCCGUGCCCACGCUGUUCACGAGGAAGAACUCGAACACUUCAGCACCAAAGCGCACCGGGUUAUGGAGGAGGAGACGCGUCCCGUCUCCUUUAAAACAAGAUCCUGUGCCCACGGGCUUCCAGCAUCAGGAGCAUGAUUAUUGUUCGUCUCUCAUCCAGCAUCAUCUAGAAGUGGAUGAGACCGAAGUUCUCCGAAAGGAGGUCGAGCGCCUGAAGAGGCAGGUUGCAGAGUUGUUUGUCCUUCAGAGGUUUUGUUUGGGGCGAUUUGCUGCAUCUGACGAUGACAUACGGUUUUACACUAGGUUUGCAACUUACAACCACUUGAUGGCGUUCUGGAGACUCAUUGAGCCCGCGUCCCACAACAUGUUUCGUUUGACCAGAGUCAGGACAGCUACAAUGAGCGAAGCUGGAGCAUCAGGCAGUACAUCUUGUCAGUCCAUGCAGCCCAUAGAUGAGUUUUUCCUCUUCAUGGUCCAUCUCUCAGUUGGUCUAACAGAGAGAGAUCUAGCCCACAGAUUCAAUAUCCAUCAGUCCGCCGUGAGUCCAAUCAUUACAAGCUGGGCCAAUUUUCUCUAUGCCAUUCUUGGAUCUGUGCGCAUCUGGAUGUCUGAAGAGGCAGUCAAGGCUCACAUGCCAAAGGAGUUUCAGGACUAUCCAGACACACAUGUUGUGAUAGACUGCAUAGAGCUGCGUUGCAAAACACCAACCUCUCUUCUGCUUCAAGGUGAAGGGUCCCAUUGCACCUACAAGGGUUUAAAUGGCAUGGCACCGCAUGGUACAGUCACUUUUGUGUCAUUCGUGUAUGCAGUCAGUGACAAGGAGCUUCUGAAGCAGUCUGGGAUUUGUCAGUCCAUGCAGCCCAUAGAUGAGUUUUUCCUCUUCAUGGUCCAUCUCUCAGUUGGUCUAACAGAGAGAGAUCUAGCCCACAGAUUCAAUAUCCAUCAGUCCGCCGUGAGUCCAAUCAUUACAAGCUGGGCCAAUUUUCUCUAUGCCAUUCUUGGAUCUGUGCGCAUCUGGAUGUCUGAAGAGGCAGUCAAGGCUCACAUGCCAAAGGAGUUUCAGGACUAUCCAGACACACAUGUUGUGAUAGACUGCAUAGAGCUGCGUUGCAAAACACCAACCUCUCUUCUGCUUCAAGGUGAAGGGUCCCAUUGCACCUACAAGGGUUUAAAUGGCAUGGCACCGCAUGGUACAGUCACUUUUGUGUCAUUCGUGUAUGCAGUCAGUGACAAGGAGCUUCUGAAGCAGUCUGGGAUUGUGUCACUCCUGAAACCUGAAAUGGCCAUUAUGGUCAACAAAGGGUUUUUUAUAGACAACUGUGUACCGUGCAAAGUUUACCGACCUUCCUGUCUGCUAAAGAAGGAACAGAUGCCGGCUGAGGAAGUGAGGGAAACUCAGUCCAUUGCUCGGCUCAGGAGUGAAAUGACUCUCCUCAGCCUGGUGGUCACAAGAGACUCCGUCUCACUCCAGAGACAUCAAGGAGAUCAUGGGGCCUUUGAUGCCAGAGGCACUUAA